AUGGGCGUAAUCAGGAAGAACGCGGCCUCCCGAGGAGGCGACGGCGGCACAAAGUACCACUGCGAUGUGUGCUCCAUUGACAUCACGUCUACCGUCCGUAUAUCUUGCGCUAACUCAGCCUGUCGCGACUACGAUCUUUGCGUCCCUUGUUUCGCGCGAGGCGAACACACAAAGAAUCAUGACCCCCGCACCCAUGAAUACCAUGUCGUCGAACAAAACUCCAUUCCCAUCUACACCGAAGAUUGGGGUGCCGACGAAGAGUUAUUAUUGCUGGAAGGCUCUGAAAGAUACGGUCUUGGCUCCUGGGCUGAUGUAGCAGAACACAUUGGCGGGUAUCGAGAGAAGGACGAAGUCCGUGACCAUUACAUCGACACCUAUAUCAACAGUUCCCUAUUCCCACUUCCUGAACUCGCCGACCCCGCGGACACAGCCUUGUUCGAACGAAUACCAAAGGAUGAAUUCCAGGCUCGCAAGAAACGACGCAUCGAAGAACGUAAGGAACCUGCUAAAUCAGCUCCGCCGGCGACACCUAAGCAGAAACCCACUGCCUCUGUACCUGCCUGCCAUGAAGUUCAAGGAUUCAUGCCUGGUCGAUUGGAGUUUGAGACGGAGUUUGCCAAUGAUGCCGAAGAGGCUGUCCAGCACAUGUCGUUCGAGCCUGGCGACGGCCUUGAUCCGGUGACCGGAUUGAUGGAUGAGGAGACCACGCUCAAAAUGACAGUCUUCGACAUCUACAAUUCCCGGCUAAAGGCACGGACAGACAGGAAGAAGAUCAUAUUUGAACACAACCUUUUGGAGUACAAGAAAAAUCAACUCUUGGACAAGAAGAGAACCAAAGAGGAAAAGGAUCUAAUGCACAAAGCCAAGCCAUUUGGUCGCAUGAUGGUCCACGACGAUUUUGAGGCUCUCAACAGAGACCUUCUCCUUGAACACAAUCUACGAAUUGCAAUAUCACAAUUGCAAGAGUGGAAGCAACUCGGGAUUAGUGAUCUCAAAGGAGGGGAAAAAUUCGAAAACGAUAAACAGGCACGAGUUCAAAGGAACCAACCCCAGGGGCAGUUUGAUCGCAUGCCUCAAAUUCCUAAAAAGGGGGCUCAAGUUCAACAAGCUGAACUUCCUACAGAGGCAUCUAAGUUGACCACCCCUGAGCUGCCAUUACGGUUUCAGCGCAAGCCUAAAACAGCACCAGUAUUUGCCGAUAGCGCACCUCCGGUGGAGAACGACUUCGACAAGCUAUUCGCAGAAACAAACGGGACAGAUAGUUCGUCUACGCCCAAGCCCAAAAUGCGCUAUGUGGUACCACCAUUGACCGGUACUGUCCCAUGGAAGCUUGAGAAUGACAAGACAUUGGCUCCAGAUCUCCAACUUCUCAGUGAAGAAGAGAUCCAACUAUGUAACUCUCUACACAUCCGUCCGAAACCAUACCUUGCUCUCAAGGAGGGUCUUCUGAAGGAAGCCAUGAAACAAGGCGGCCACAUGAAGAAGAAGGAGGCAAGGGGGGUGUGUAGGAUUGAUGUCAACAAAGCUAAUCGUAUUUUCGAUUUCAUGAUCCACAGCGGCUGGAUUGCAAAAGCUUGA